AUUUCUCUCUCUUUCUCCUCUUUCUCUCUCCUAUAUCGCCGUCGUGUUAUCCGGUGAUAAAUAUAUUUUCCUACGGCGUCUGUAAUUUUAUUAUUCCCACAAAUACCCCUUCCUCUACGCCACUCUUCGGUUACACUUUAUUAAUUUUCUUCUUUCUUGCCUAUGCAAUUAAUUUAUUGCUGUCUUUUCAAAGGAAUUUUGUGAUUUUUCGAUUUGUUGGAGUUGGGAUUCUUGAAUUUAUAGUCGCCGCCGGCAGCCAUGUCGGGUCCAUUAGAUCGGUUUGCUAGACCUUGCUUUGAGGGGUCAUCUACACAUGAUGAGAGAAGAGAAAGAAAGUCUGAUUUUGAGAAUUCAGAGGAUGAGAGGAGGACGAGAAUUGGUUCCCUGAAAAAGAAAGCAUUGAAUGCAUCAACGAAAUUCAAACAUUCUCUUAAGAAGAAAAGUAGUAGAAGAAAAAGCAAUGGACGGUUGAGCUCACUUUCCAUAGAGGAUAUUCGGGAUGCUGAGGAGCUACAGGCUGUUGAUCAGUUUAGGCAAUCAUUACUUUUGGAUGAGUUGUUACCUGAAAGACACGAUGACUACUAUAUGAUGUUGAGGUUCUUAAAAGCAAGAAAGUUUGAUAUCGAGAAAGCCAAGCAUAUGUGGGCUGAUAUGCUUCAGUGGAGGAAGGAUUUUGGAGCUGACACAAUCACGCAGGAUUUUGAAUUCCCGGAGUUGGAAGAAGUGGUAAAAUAUUAUCCUCAAGGUUAUCAUGGGAUUGAUAAGGAGGGAAGGCCAGUAUACAUUGAAAGAUUAGGGAAAGUUGAUCCUAACAAACUCAUGCAAGUCACAACCAUGGAUCGUUAUAUAAAAUACCACGUAAGGGAGUUCGAGAAAAGUUUUUUGAUUAAGUUUCCAGCUUGUACAAUAGCUGCAAAAAGGCAGAUCGAUUGUAGCACUACUAUUUUGGACGUUCAGGGAGUGGGUUUGAAAAACUUUAGCAAGAGUGCAAGGGAGCUCAUUUUGCGGCUCCAGAAGAUUGAUGGUGAUAAUUAUCCUGAGACGCUUCAUCAGAUGUUCAUAAUCAAUGCUGGGGCUGGGUUUAGGCUCCUGUGGAAUACUGUUAAGAGUUUUCUGGACCCCAAGACGGCUUCCAAGAUACAUGUUCUUGGGAACAAGUAUCAGAAUAAAUUGCUUGAAAUAGUUGAUGCUAGUGAGUUGCCAGAUUUCAUAGGUGGUAAUUGUACAUGUGCAGAUCGAGGAGGUUGCAUGCGUUCAGAUAAAGGACCAUGGCAAAAUCCAGAUAUAUUGAAGAUGAUUGGUGAAGCACGACGUGCCAAGCAGCUUGUUAAAGUUCUAAAUAGUGAAGGGAAGAUAGUUUAUGCUAAGCCUCGCUACCCAACGGUGAAAGGUAGUAGUGACACCUCUACUGCUGAAUCUGGAUCUGAAGCUGAAGAUAUUGCUUCCCCAAAAGCUGUAAGGAGUUAUUCACAUCUCCGGCUUACUCCUGUACGAGAAGAGGCUAAGGCUAUUGGAAUGCCUGGCUACACCUCAAACUUCCCAGGAUAUGAUGAAUAUGUUCCCAUGGUUGACAAGGCUGUUGAUUCUGCAUGGAAGAAGGAACCAUCCCUUCAAAGACCCUCCACCCCCAAAGCGAUGCUUCCACCAGCAGGCUCUGAAAAGCCUGUAGAAGGUCUUCAUGCUCGAGUUUUAGGAUUUCUUAUGGCCUUCUUCAUGACUGUUGUGUUGCUUUUCCGCUCAGUUACAUGCCGUGUUACCAAGAAACUUCAAGAUGCAUCGACUGUUGAGAACCAAGAUGUUCAAGACUUUACUUUUGAUGCCAGCCCUAAAGAGGAGUUUCGACCCCCUUCACCUACUCCUGCCUUUACAGAAGCUCAACUGCUCUCCGUUGUUCUCAAGAGACUGGGUGAACUUGAAGACAAAGUAAAUACUCUUCAAGAAAAGCCAUCUGAGAUGCCUUAUGAAAAAGCGGAAUUGCUAAAUGCAGCUGUUUGCCGGGUGGAUGGCCUAGAAGCUGAGUUAAUAGCAACCAAGAAGGCGUUACAUGAGGCAUUGAUGAGGCAAGAAGAACUUCUCGCUUACAUUGACGGUCAAGAAGUUGCCAAGUUCCAGAAAAAGAAGAAGUUUUGCUUUUAAGAUGACGAUGGUUCAGGACGGGGAUCUCGGAUUUUCCACUGUAGUAUCUCAAAUGAGAUACAUAUUUGUAAUGUGUUGUCAAAAUACUCCCAGUCAUUGUGCAGUGCAUCCGUGUUAAGUAAUUCCUUUUUGGAUCGUGUAUUUCAUUUACAAAAUGAGGUGAACACUUGCUCAUAAUGUGAAAAAUUAUAUUUUCUUUUAA